GAUCAAAAGGUUGGGAAUUUGGUUUCUUCUUUGUUCACGCAUUUUAUUUCAUUUUUGUUCCCAAAAGAAAAGAAAAGAAAAAAAGUUAUUUUUCGGCGAUUAGCCGAUUACCAAUACCUUGCCUUGCCUUGAUACGUAGUUUAACAGUUAUCUGGUUCACUUGAAAUUUUACAAAGAUGUCGCUGAGGAUUAAGUCGGUGGUCGAUAAGUUCGUGGAGGAGCUGAAAGAGGCGUUGGAAGCCGACAUACAAGACCGAAUAAUGAAGGAGAGAGAGAUGCAAAGUUACAUCGAGGAACGCGAGCGUGAAGUCGCCGAGCGUGAAGCCGCCUGGAAGGCCGAACUAUCUCGCCGUGAGGCAGAGAUUGCCCGACAGGAGGCUAGGCUGAAGGUGGAAAAAGAAAACCUCGAAAAAGAGAAAAGUGUUUUGAUGGGAACAGCAUCGAAUCAAGAUAACCAAGAUGGGGCGUUGGAGAUCACCGUAAGCGGCGAAAAAUACCGAUGCCUCAGGUUCGCAAAGGCGAAGAAAUAAGGCUUCGAUGAAGAAGCUUUGAUGUCUUUUCCUAGAUUUGAUGCAGACAGUUUGGUUUCUUAGAAUCUUAAUUCAUUUCAUUUGCUUUGGUAAUUAUAUACAUAUGUAGGUUUGCUUUCAGACACAUCCUAUUGACAGUGUCCGGUUCAUGUUCAAUUUCAAAAUGAGAAAAUUGUUUUUGAUCAACCAA